UUGGUGUGUACUUGUUCCUGGGUCAUGCCAACCUGGCAAGCUCCCAUACUCUUCCCCACUUCCAACCAUGUCGCGCGAUAUUUUGUCGACGUCUCUAUCGCCUCGCCAAUCUCGCCGCCUCUCUGUAUUUUAUUCUCAAUCUACACUAUCUGGGAGGUUUUGAUAUACAGUUGUUCUUCUUCAAAACCUUUUCUAAGUUAAGAUGACGACUAUUCCUUUGACGUCGAGUCUUAUCGUGAAUUCUCGGUGCGAUCACAGUCGUAGACAUGCAUUUCAGUUCAUUUUCUCUCGGUCUCAAUUCAGCGUCUCCAAGAGUUUCACUAGGAAAUGCAGGGGUGCCAAAAUUGGAGUCUCUCCCAAUAUGCGAUUUCGGGUUCACUGCGAAUCCAAGACACAGGAAUUGCAGAUAAGGAAGUGCUCACCUUUCCUAGAAAAAACAUUACUAUCGAGUAAUGGUGCCUCGGACUCUGAUGAUUGGGUAGCAGUGCCGGACAUUUGGAGAUAUUCAGCGGAGAAAUAUGGUGAUCGGGUUGCCCUGGUGGAUCCUUACCACAACCCUCCAACAAAUAUGACAUAUAAACAGUUAGAGCAGGAAAUCUUAGAUUUUUCCGAAGGCUUGAGGGUUAUUGGUGUUAAACCGGAUGAGAAAGUUGCCCUUUUCGCUGAUAAUUCGUGCCGGUGGCUUGUUACGGACCAAGGUAUAAUGGCUACAGGAGCAAUUAAUGUGGUGCGGGGUUCUAGGUCCUCUGUUGAGGAGCUGCUACAAAUAUACCAUCACUCUGACAGCGUCGCACUUGCUGUGGACAGUCCUGAAUUGUUUAAUCGAAUAGCAGAAACAUUCUGCUCCAAGGCAGCUAUGAGAUUUGUCAUUCUACUAUGGGGGGAAAAAUCAUGCCUGGCAAUUGAUGGAGGGGAAGGACUACCUAUUUAUAACUAUAAGGAGAUUAUAGACUUGGGGCGAGAGAGCCGUCAGGCUUUGGGUGAUUCUCUUGCUGCUAGGCAAAAAAAUUAUCAAUAUGAAACCAUCAACUCUGAUGAUAUUGCAACACUUAUGUACACAAGUGGAACUACAGGAAAUCCAAAAGGUGUCAUGCUUAGCCAUAAGAACCUUUUGCACCAGAUAAAAAAUUUGUGGGACAUCGUGCCUGCUGAAGUUGGGGAUAAAUUUCUGAGUAUGCUUCCACCUUGGCAUGCAUAUGAACGAGCUUGUGAAUAUUUCACGUUUACAUACGGAGUUGAACAAGUGUACACAACUGUGAGGAACUUGAAGGAGGAUUUGCGUUUCUAUCAACCGAAAUACCUGAUCUCUGUACCUUUAGUGUUUGAGACCCUCUACAGUGGGAUACAAAAACAGAUCUCUACGAGCUCCGCUGUUCGUAAGCUUGUGGCACUUUCAUUUAUUAAAGUCAGCUUGGCAUACAUGGAGUCAAAGCGAAUUUAUGAGGGGAUAUAUCUAACAAAUCUGAAGCAACCACCAUAUCUUGUCUCAGUGUUGGACUGGCUGUAUGCAAGAUUUAUUGCAGCACUACUUUGGCCGCUGCAUGUGUUAGCAAAGAGGCUUGUUUACAGCAAAAUUCACUCUGCUAUAGGAAUUACCAAGGCUGGCAUUAGUGGAGGAGGUAGUUUGCCUUUGCAUGUCGAUAAAUUUUUUGAGGCAAUAGGUGUCAAAGUUCAGAAUGGAUAUGGCUUGACUGAGUCAUCUCCGGUAAUUGCAUGUCGACGGCCCACCUGCAAUGUUCUUGGCUCAGUCGGGCAUCCAAUUCGGCACACAGAAUUUAAAAUUGUGGAUUUGGACACUGAUGAAGCUCUUCCACCUGGUUCAAAAGGCAUUGUAAACGUUAGGGGGCCACAAGUGAUGAAAGGCUACUAUAAGAAUCCAGAGGCUACAAAACAAGCUGUAGAUGAGGCUGGUUGGCUAAACACUGGUGAUUUAGGUUGGAUUGCUCCUCACCAUUCCAUAGGGCGAAGUCGUAACUCUGGUGGUGUCAUUGUUCUCGAAGGACGCAUUAAAGAUACUAUUAUUCUUUCAACAGGUGAAAAUGUUGAACCUGUUGAGUUGGAAGAAGCUGCCAUGAGAAGUAGUGUUAUUCAACAGAUUGUUGUCGUUGGCCAGGAUCAACGUCGUCUUGGAGGUAUAAUUGUUCCAAAUAAAGAAGAAAUGCUAAUGUUGGCCAAAAAAGUGUCCAUCGUAGAUGCUGAUGCCAGUGAGCUUAGUAAGGAAAGAAUGACAGGCCUACUACAUGAAGAACUGAGGAAAUGGACAUCAGAGUGUUCAUUUCAAAUUGGUCCAAUCCUUGUUGUGGAUGACCCUUUUACAAUUGAUGGUGGUUUAAUGACCCCAACCAUGAAAAUCCGCAGAGAUAGAGUCCUUGCAAAAUACAAGGAGCAGAUAGCUAAUAUGUACAAUUAAAAUGUUGAAGUUCAAUUUUCAUUGGCCGGGCUUUGGAGCAUUACAAGCCUAUUUAGCAAUAUGGUUAGAGCCUAAGAAUCAUAAGAGUUGUAGGCAUAGUUUGGGAUCUUUUAACUAUUUUGUAAAGGGAAAUUUUAUAUACACACCACAAAAACAUUAUCUUUACACCACUUUUUAAUUUUGUAUAGUUUAUAUAAAUAUCCUUGUAUACAAUAUGACA